GCUAAGGGUUGUGUUGAAACUUUAAUCACAAGACUUGUGAUUGAUUUAAACUCAAUAUCUCAUAUUUCCAAGUGAUUUUUUGUUCAGAGAAGAUGAAGAUUGUUAUAUUACUUCUUGGUUGUGCUCUUUGCUUAUCAACAUGUUCUGGCCAAGAGCAAGAGGCUGUUCAGGAUGAUCAGCAAGCUGGUCAUGCAGAUGAAGCUAGUGGAAAUGUGGAAAAGGAAGGAGAUCAUGCCCCGCUCUCAGGUUUUACUGUGGAGGAUUCCAGCUGGAAGAUUGUCUGGCAUGGAAGCUCUGAUGUUGAUCUGCUGAAUGCCCCUGACAUGGAGUCGAUUCUGAUGCUGACUAAAGACAAUGAGCAGUACAACUGCCAAGUGGAGAGUGUGAAAAAGCCUAAUGAGGAGGAGGACGCGUCGUACGACGGUCCCAACCCUCUGCAGCUGAUGGAGCCUCUGUUCAACAAGCUGGCCUGCUCAUACAGGCUGGAGUCGUACUGGACGUACGAGGUGUGCCACGGCGACUACGUGCGCCAGUACCACGAGACCAAGGAGGGCAAGCAGACCAAACUGAUCGAGUACUACCUGGGCAGAUACAGCAAGGAGACGCUGCAAACAGAGGUGGAGGAGUGGGACGCCGCCCUGAAGAGUGACCCGGCCUCUCGGCGACCCAGGACGUUAAGGCUGGAGGAGAUCGACCUCCCCUACCUGGAGGUAACAUACAGCGGCGGCACGGUGUGCGACCUGACGGGCCGCCCGCGCCAGACGCUGGUGCGGUACGUCUGCCACGCGGCCGGCCGGCACGAGGUGGUCUCCUUCCAGGAGACCUCGUCCUGCCAGUACGUCAUCGUGGUGCUGUCACCGCUGCUCUGCGCCCACCCAGACUACAGGGUGACGGCGGACGUGGAGCACCUCAUCCACUGUAUCGCCCUGUCCAACUCGCCCAAGCGGCCGCGCUCGCUGCUGGAGCUGGAGGCGCAGAGUCUGGCGCUGCGGCACGGUCUGCGGCCGGUGGACGGCGCGCCGGCCGCCGCCCCCGCCGCCGCCCCCGCCGCCGCCGCCGCCCCCGCCGAGGACGGGCCCGACCCGGACACGACGCCGGCGGACGCCGAGCCGCCGCCAAUCACCACCGCCCGGCCGCUGGCCGUCUACGACGAGAAACUGGUCGAGGACUUCCUGGCCGGCCGGCACUGCCUCAACGGGGGCACCGGCUGGUGGCGCUACGAGUUCUGCCACGGCAAACGGGUCGACCAGUACCACGUGAACCGAGACGGCACGCGAACGGUCAUCCACCUGGGCUUCUUCAGCCGUGACGUGCACCGCGAGUGGCUGACGCACAACCCGCAGAAACGUCCGCGGCCGGCGGCCGGACGGCGACACGUUUCCCACUUCUACUCGGGCGGGUCCAUGUGUGACGAGAUCUCGGCGCCGCGCUCGGUCGAGGUGAAGCUCAAGUGUAAGCAGUCCGAGUCGCCGAACGCUGUGUCGCUGUACCUGCUGGAGCCGCGGCCGUGCCAGUACAUCCUGGGCGUGGAGUCGCCCAUCGUCUGCCGGCUGGUGGAGCAGGCCGACGACAACGGGCUCAUAGACGAGUAGUGGCGGCGGACUCAUAGACGAGUAGUGGCGGCGGACUCAUAGACGAGUAGUGGCGGCGGACUCAUAGACGAGUGAUAUCGGGGGACCGAGUGAUAUCUAGGUGAUUGAAGCCCCGAGUCGAGAGACAGAGAUCCGGUCGGGGUCGGCCAACAGCCGCCUAUAAUGAGUUGGUAGCACUCGGACAGCGAGAUAGGAUCAGGCUGGCUCCAAACUACACGGGAUGGGACGACUCGGCUCCAGACUGACGGACGUCACAGCGUGCAGUGUGGGGCAGUGAGCUCAGCUGAGGUGGCUGACGGAUCGUGUGGCGGCAAUGACUUCUGAAUUAUAGCUGAACUUUACGACGGUGGAACUCCGGCCUCAGUUGGAGCUGAUCUAGUCUGGCUCGGUCUGCCCGGCAGGACGGCGGGCAGUCUCAGUCCGUCGACCUCUGCCUCCGAGACUGCCAGCGGCGGGAAGAUCUACCUGUUCCCAGACUGGUAGUGGCUCCAGUUAGCCGUAUCUACCGUGGCUGGCGCUCUGACUCUGUGUGACCCCUGAGUCCUGAUCCUCGCACCUGUCGACCUCAUAGUCGAGGGGAGGUGUGCUAUCACGAGUGAUUUUGUCUGGGGUCGGGGCCCGGUCACUGAAUUUUAUUGUCCAUCGAUUGCCAGAGAUUCGGGCAAUACCACGCCGGGGUGAUGGCUCGCAGUGUGAGUAUAUGGUUAUCAUGAACCCCGCGUGCCGAGUGGCUCCUUGUUGAUAUUGUUACAGCCUCGUCUGUGAGUGAUGGGUGCUUUAUUGGUUUGUGUGUGGGACUGUGGGUGUUGCCGUCAUUUUGUUUGUGUGUGUAUGGGGGGGGGGGGGGUGCAGUGAUGUGGUAUCCCAUGGUGUAAUUUUAUUCCAAUCACUGGUCUCGAACCCUCAUGUUGACAUCCUGUGUGACCAAGACCUCUUAAAUUAUUUUUGUUGUAGGAAUGUUGGCCAACUGUCAUUGUACUGUAUCAUAAUAAAAACCGGUAUAUUCAA